UGAUGGUUUAUUAAUCAGGCCUCUGGGUGCAAUUGACAGAAACACAUCUUGAAUGUGUUCAAGUCACAAAGGGGAAAUUAAUGGUUUGGGGUCAUUUACUGAAUACAUCUUUAUGAAGCACCUACCAUAUGCUGGGCACCGUGCUAAGCACUGAGGAUACAGAUCAAAACAGACAAAAUAACCACAAACACAGAGUGUGUUAGAUGGCAAUAAGGGCUAUACACAAAAGGAAGGGAAGGGAAAUAGGGAGUUGCUGGGGAAGGUGACUGCAGUUUUAAACAGGUGGUCAGGGAGUUAUUUGAAUAAGGGUGGUAUUUGAAUAAGGAAGGAGGUUGAAAUUUUCCAAGGAAGGAAGGAAGGAAGGAAGGAAGAGAAAAAAGAAAAGGAAAGGAAAGGAAACAAAAGGAAAGAAAAGGAAACAAAAGGAAAGAAAAAGCAAGACCAAGUGUAAAUCCCCGAGGCAGUGUCAGAGCAACAGUGAGGAAGUCAGCAUUUUGGCUCCGGCAAGACCAGCGGAGGGAAGAGAAGGAAGAGUUGGGAUCAGAAUGGUAUCAGGGCUCCGAUCUUCAGGCUGAGCCAUUCAUUUAUUAAAUAUUUUACCUCGUGGCAAAAUCACACACCAUCCUCCAAGCAGAGAGAUGCUCAUACGUGGAGGGAGCCGGAGACAGCGAACAGUGUCAGAAGCACAGGAAAGCCCGUAAGCCUGCUUCGUUGUCCAUCGGGAGUCGCUCUGGCCAGUUCCUGUGCCAGGUCUGUGAGCCGAGGAUGAUGCAACGGACCAUCCGAGUUCUGCUGAGGAUUCUGGUUUCAUCCCUCCUGAUGGACCAAGCGUGGUUCAAUCCCGAUGGUCCAAGCAGGACAGACUCUUUUCGUCCCCCACAAGCUCUCUAAGGGGUCGCAUCUCUGGUGCCCACUCGGUGGGUCAGCUAAGCAACAAAUGUGGGCGUGACAGUUGUGGGUGGAAAGAGUCUGAGCCGGGCCCCGUAGGACUCGCGUAUUUUGGAACCUUGAUCUUUAAGAUUUGCCCCGCCUCCUCCCGAAGGGGCGGAGCGACGAGGGCAGCUGUCACCGCCUUCGCACCACCCGGCCGGCUCUCACGUGGGUUGGACCGCUCAGUAACAGCUCUUCUUCCGGGACUUCCUGGUCGUCGCGACCAAUCAGAGUGCUCUUCCUGUCCUGACCAUUGUCAGCCGGCUGCCAAUCGCGCGCCUCUACCAACGCCCCUUAAAGGCGCCGCCGACGCCGCCUGAGCCGGGGCGGAUCAGUUUCUCGGUUCCUGCCCCCAACUGCGGCAUGGAGUCGUCCCAGGGGCGGCCUGGGCCCGAGGCGGACCUCCCGGCUGUAGGGGAGCAGCAAGCCGUGAUCUUCGGCGGCGGGCCGGGCCGAACCCCCUCUGAGCCGCCCUCAGGCCUCCCGGAGUCUGGGCAGGAAAAGGCCGAGAACGUUGAGGGCGCGAGCCGCCACCCCGGGGCGUCCCCGAAGACUUCCAGCCGCGGCGCCGUCCACCGGGCCGAGCGGGAGGCUCGGGACGACGAGCCCGGCCGCGGAGGGACGCGGUCCGGGCCGGGUAGCCGCCGGGGGGCGCCGGGCCCUGAGCCCGACCCCCACGGGUCCUCCCGGCUGAAGGACCCGGAGCCACCGGAGGACGAGCUUGCAUCCGAGAGCGGCUGCCGUCGAGGGAGCCCGGGAGGCAGCGGGAUGGAGGUGGAGCCGCAGGAGGAAGACGAGGAGGCGGCGGCGGCGGCUGGCAGGGCUGGCCGCUCGUUCUCCAGCCGCCUUCAGGACAGCCGCAGCCUGGACGGGCUGAGCGGGGCGUGCGGCGGUACCGGGUCCGCAGGGGGUGCCGAGCCCGGCGCGGGCGGCGGGCGCCGCGCCACCAUCUCCAGCCCCCUGGAGCUCGAAGGCACCGUGAGCCGCCAUGGCGACCUCACCCACUUCGUCGCCAACAACCUGCAGCUCAAGAUUCGUCUGAGCGGCGCCCCUCAGCCCCCGCCCCCUGCCCCUGCGCGGCCCUGCGCGGCGCCCGCACCGACUCCCGUCAUUCCUCCCAUCGACCCCGACGUGCUGCGGGACCUGGAGCGGCUGAGUCGGGAGCUGGGCGGCAGGGUGGACCGUCUGCUGCGCGGGCUGGGUGGCGCGGUGCAGGAGCUGACAGCGCUGAGCGUGGGCUGCAUCCAGACCUACCGCGACGCCGUGGACUCCCUAGGCGAAGCCGUGGACAUGAGCAUCAAGGGCAUGUACACCCUGCUGGCCCGCUGUGAGGAGCUGGAGCGGGCGCUGCAGCCAGUUCAGGGGCUGGCGCGCCAAGUCCGGGAUAUCCGACGCACCCUGGAGGUGUUGGAGGCCCUGUGCAAGUGACCGGGAGGGCAGGACAGGGCUGGCCAAGCCGGGGCCCAGCAGGAUCCUAAGGACUCAAGGAGCCCUGGUGGGAACUGCCCGCCGAGGGGAGGCCUAUAUACUGGAGGCUCUUCCAGAUGCAUUUAGCAGGCCUGCGACCACUCGCUGGGCCUUAUUCAGGUGUAUGUGGGGAAGUUCUGAAGCCUUCCCCGGUGGGAGGGGAUGAUGCUCUGCUUCUAUUAAGUUGGCCAUCUGUAGCUACCUUGUUCUCAACUCUCUUCUCCAGCUAGAGCACCGUCUCUGGGAACCCAGGGCUUUAGGUCUCGGCUUGGGAGACGUGACUGCCAUAUGUGGUCCAGAAAGGAGAACAGAGGAGGCCCCAGCCCCCACUGUGGCUACCCUGAUUCCCGUGGUCACAUCUCAGGUGCCAGGGGCUGUGGGAGGUUGAGUGGUCCUUGGCCACACACCAUGCAGACAAGGAUGCACAUCCGCAGAUGGGUAACCCCCUGCUUCUGCCCUCUGGCCCCCUACCAUCCCACCUCCCCAGCCAGACCCGGGGUGGAGCUAGACGGAAUGCAUUGCAUGGUAGAGGGGGGUGAGGUGGGAGGGGUCUCGCUGCUCUCAGGGUUCAGGCAGAAUUGUUGCUGGUUUUGAAGCCCACCUAUUGUGGAGUGUUCUAAUCAGCUUUGGCUUUCUGAGUUUUUGUGGAAUUAAAGUCCUGCUGCUAAGG